AUGUCCUCCAGUAAUCCUCCGUCUGGUCUUGAUCCAUCAAGCUACUCAUGGGCCCAAGUUGGCCAUUCUGUCUCACCUUGGCGACGGAAGGCGCUUUCUUUCGAGACCACCUGGCUCGCACGUCCCAAAGAGCUGCACGAAAUAUUCGUCAGCGGGCUAUUGGCUUUUGAAACCCCUCUGCCUAGCUGUACACUAUACUCUGCAGUCAGACAAGCCUGGCAGGCCUUACUUUUUGAAGUUCCAGAGCUACAGGCAAGGGCCGUCGUUGCGGAAGAUGGCAAUGCAUACAUGCAAUACCGCACUCCCCAAGACCGUCAUGAGGUUGAAGAAUGGGCUCAUCGAACUGCCGUGUUUGAUUAUGGAGAUCAAUCCCUCGAUUUUAAAGGCCUCCGGGAGAAUAUACUUAUCAGAAAAGGCGACUCUAGUGACCCAGCUUUCCUCCUCCUCUAUUUGGAGAAGGAAUCAGAUGGCAAUAAACCGUUGGAUCACGUGCACAUCAUACUCAAUACGGAUCAUGAAAUCACAGAUGGCAUAGGAACUCGUAUUCUAUUCGGGAAAUACCUAUCUCUUUUAUCGUCAUGUAUCUCUGAACCUCAACUUGGCCUAGUCAUGUAUGACUGGGCAGAGAGUAGUAAAAAUCUAUCACCACCAUGGAUAAGCAUUAUGAACCAAGACCAAGCUAUUUCUGGCUCCGAAUUUGAAGAAACAGUGGCAUGGAAUAAAGAAAUAUUGUUGGAAAGAAUGAAUGCCAACCCAGGUCUUCCCCUCCUACUAUAUCCUGGCCCUUUAAAACAAGAAACCACUUUCCUAACUUUGAGCCAAAAACAAACUACAUCUCUUCUUAACGCCAUUAAAACCACCAUCAGCCCCCAAUCCAAUAUCACCCAUCUCGGCCACUCUGCAAUGGUCCUCGCUCUCCUCCGCUCCUCUCCCUCUCCGUCGAAAGGCUCUUUCUAUUCCUCCUGCUGGCUCAACGGCCGUCGCUAUCUCCGCGCAACACCUUCCUACGUAGUGCCGGGAAAGGCAUACGUGCCAAUCUGCAUGUCCUUUGCUCCUAUCAUAUUCCACGAUAUGGAUUUGAAGUUACGGGAUGAUACUACUGACGAAGAACUUCGAAAUGUGCUUGUGAGGGUAUGCAGAGUUGCGACGGAGCAGUAUGGGAGAUUGAGCGCGAGGAAGAGCAUACUGGGAGAGUUUGCCGUUGUUGCAGAGGAGAUGGGACGGAAGAUGCUUAAACCCUCUCAUCCUCCCGUCCGUCCUAAGACAUCCGCUCCAAUCCUCCUCAGCGACGGCCUAACAGACCGCUAUAUCUGCCAUUCAUACCCAUCAUCACCCAGCCCAACAUCCACUCCGGUACAACAAACCGUAGGCAAAUUUACCGUAGAUGACGUAUAUUUCGCGGCGAAUUCCGACGGGGAGGUGGUCAUAAGAAUGAGUAGUUUCCGUGGGCGGAUGCGAAUCUCUGCUGAAUGGCGGAGUGAUCUCUUUGAUGGGGAUAUGGUUAGGGCCUUUGUAGAUGAUGUGAGGAGAAUUAUGCUUGUUCUUGUUGGGGAUGGCAAGGGGCUUGGGGGAGGCGGGUUGUGA